AUGGAGUCAUACCAGAACCAGUCCGGAGCGCAGCAGACAGGCCAACAGCUUGACCAAUUCGGAAAUCCAGUACCAAUCGGCACCGGAGUCUACGGAGCUCCGGCCAUGGCUGGUGGUCAUCACACGGAAGGUGGUGGUUUGAGUGGCCUGCUUCACCGCCCUGGAAGUAGCUCCAGCUCUAGCUCGGAGGACGAUGGACUAGGUGGAAGAAGGAAGAAAAAGGGAAUAGCGACGAAAAUUAAGGAGAAGCUGCCAGGUCAUCAUGGGUCCCACCAGACUUCUUCAGCGACGGGAACCACGACGGCUUACGAUACUACCGGCACCGGCGUCGUUCACCACGAGAAGAAAGGCAUGUUGGAGAAGAUCAAAGAGAAACUUCCCGGUGCUCAUCACUAG